AUGCCCUCGGAAAUUAUCAAGCGCAUGCAAGAUGCUGCUGCGGCAUAUGAUAGGGAAGAGCUCGGUGCUCGAGCAACUCUGCUGGACCUGAAUCGCCAGCUCCUUGCAGAACUGGAAACACCAAGCGAUUUUGUUCAACGUAUCUGGUUCACUACUGCUUCUCUCGGCGGCAGUCUCGAAGUCGCAAAUAACACAAAGAUCUUUCAACAUCUUCAGAAAGCCAAGGAUGGACUUACUUCCCAAGCCCUUUCCGAAAAGACCGGUAUCGCUGUACCUCUGCUCGACCGUUUUAUGAGACACUUUGCCGCUCACAAGGUUGUUUGUUUCUCCAAACCUACUGGCUGGCAUGCCACGUAUCUUUCCAAUACCCUUGCCAAGGAGAACUACCAACACAGCAUCUCCUUCUGCCAACGCGCUGCCGCAAAGUCGUUUUGCUUUUUCCCAGACCACUUCAAGCAGGCCAACUACCAACAUCCAGGCUUGCCUGAUGGUCCAUAUCAAUAUGCCCACAACUCGUCUCUCCCUUUUUUCGACUGGCUUGUUGCCAAUCCGCCCUAUGUGAACUGGUUUGGAUCAUUCAUGUCUGUGUAUCGAGCUGGCAACCCAGAUUGGUGGGAGUUCUAUCCUGUUCAGGAGCUUCUAUCUGCUGGUUUCGACAAAUCCAAGAGCGACGUGCUCGUGGUUGAUGUUGGAGGUGGUCGAGGUCACGAUCUACUAUCCUUUUCAAACGGGAUCAAGUCACCCGGCCGACUAAUCCUGCAGGACCUUCCAGAAGUCAUCGCAGAUGUCACAGAGACAACUGCCUUUGAAAGUCAAGCGCAUGACUUCUUCACACUACAGCCUGUCCAUGGAGCGAGAUCAUACUUCCUCCACUCCAUCCUACACGACUGGGGUGCCGAGCAUGGUGUUCAAAUCCUGAAGAGCUUGGAGCCUGCUCUAACACCAGGGUAUUCCAAAGUUCUUAUCAACGAGAUCGUCCUCUCCGAAGAGAAUCCUUCUCUACCUGCUACCUCGAUGGAUAUGAUGAUGCUGGGGCACAUUGGGGAGGCCUGUGAGCGUACCGAGGAGGACUUUAGAGCCAUCGCAGUAGAAGCUGGGUUGGAAUUCAUUGGGAUAUUCUCAAAUGCUGCGUCGCCCGAGAGUGUCAUUGAGCUCAUGCUGCCAUCCAAAGAGGAUCGAGCUUAG